AGAUUAUUCACGCAGCAUUGCCGUCCGGACGUACGGUCCUCCGCGCACGCCACCGCCGACCAAGAUGCUGCGGCAUGUCUACGAGGAAGCCUGUGCCACAUGGUGGGUUGGACGCGAUCCCAUCUUGCUCACUUUACCUUUUGUCUCUUCCUCGUCACUAUGCAGCUGUCUGCCCUCCUUUUGAUCGCCGCCUCCGCGCUCGUCGCUGCCGACCACACGCGCACCAAGGGCGCGCCGGACGUCUUUGAUCAGUUUGACGGCGGCAACCUCGAGGACGGCAUGGUCGGUGGCGUCGAAGGCGGCGUCGCGGCGCGCGUCAACAUCGUCCACGACGACGUCAUGCUCCGCAACCAUGGCGACGGCCUCGACGCCGUGCCGUACAACACGUCGGCCGUCAACGGCGCGCAGUGGAUCUACAACCCGAGCUGGCAGCUCUUCCUCAACAACCGCGACAACCAACUGAGCUGUCUCGAUGCGUUCAAGGGCGACAACGGCGAGCUCUACGUGCACGCGUACGGCUGCGCCAAGUGGGACUCGAAAGCGUCCGAAGCGUCGGCGAGCAACCAGCUCUGGUCGGCCGACCCGAUGGCCAACCUCACGACGAUCGAGCACGUGACGCACACGGGCUUUUGCCUCAGCCAGUCGGGCGCGGAUGCCAAGGUGCACAUGAAGCCGUGCAACGCGUCGGACCCGGCCCAGCUUUUCGAACUCCGCGACGUGCCCAAGUAAGCUCCUAGCUGAGCAUCGCGUCUUCGUCUCUGCCUUUAUAAAACUAACAACUACGAAUUCUGUCUUAUCGUCCAA